GUGAGAAGGGGGACCGCGGUGAGCGAGGCCUGCAGGGCAAGUUCGGCAGGACGGGGGUGGCCGGCAGCAGGGGCCACCCAGGGCCCAAAGGGCAGAAGGGCAGCGUGGGCGCCCCGGGCGAGCGCUGCAAGAGCCACUACGCGGCCUUCUCGGUGGGCCGCAAGAAGCCCCUGCACAGCAACGACUACUACCAGACGCUCAUCUUUGACACGGAGUUCGUCAACCUCUACGGCCACUUCAACAUGUUCACGGGCAAGUUCUACUGCUACGUGCCCGGCAUCUACUACUUCAGCCUGCACGUGCACACGUGGAACCAGAAGGAGACCUACCUGCACAUCAUGCGCAACGCGGCCGAGGCCGUGAUCCUGUACGCGCAGGUGGGCGAGCGCAGCGUCAUGCAGAGCCAGAGCGUCCUGCUGGAGCUGCACGAGCGGGACGAGGUCUGGGUGCGCCUCUACAAGGGCGAGCGCGAGAACGCCGUCUUCAGCGACGAGUACGACACCUACGUCACCUUCAGCGGCCACCUCGUCAAGUACAGCGGGGACCCCUGA